CAGCGGCCAGAGCAGCUUGAACAGUGAGUCCAUAUGUCGUUCUGAAGACACUCAUAAUGUUUGAAUUACUGAACUUAUUCAUCUUCUUCUGUUUACUGAAUCAUCCUGUAGCAGGUGAAGGAAAACUUCAUUACCAUAAUAAUCUCAACAAAGGUGAAAACAUCAUAAAACAAGGUUACAACAACAUGAUGUCAAUCUUUGCUCAAGGACAGCAUUUUUAUUAUUCUCCCACAAAAGCUACGUGUACCACAUGGGGUUCUGAACAUUUCAAAACCUUUGACAAUUUUAUGUAUGACUUUUCAUCAAUCUGCAACUAUAUCUUUGUCAGUGACUGUUCUGAAAACUUAGGAGGCUUCAACAUUCAGAUUCGCAGAGGAAAACGUGGAUAUAUGAAAAGAAUUUCAAUGAAUAUCUGGGGUACUUCGAUCAUAAUUGAGAAUGCAAAUGUAAUAGUGAAUGAUAAUAGAUCUAUUCAGAUACCAUACAAUUUAAAUGGAAUACAGAUAAAGUCAUUUGGAGGCAGCACGAGACUGGUUGCUAAACAGAAGGGUUUUGAUCUUGUUGUUGUAUGGAAUUUCAUAGACUAUCUAAUGGUUGAACUUGGAGAUGAAUAUAGGAACAAAACAUGUGGCCUUUGUGGAGAUUUCAAUGGGCAUCCUCGGCUAAAUGAGUUUAAGCAAGGAGGCAAGAUGAUAUCACCUUACAAGUUUACCAGUCAAUAUCAAGUAGAUGAUCCAUCAGAAACAUGUCAUCCUUUGAAUGUAACAAAGUUGGAAGAAAGUUAUGUUGAUUAUGUGUCUGAUUGCUCUUGUAUGCUGAAUAAAGUGGCACCUCUCUGUAAAUUGCCAAAGAGAAAUUACAUUACGGAAUGUCAACGUGAUUUGUACAAGUGCACUGCCAAAGGUGAUACACAGUGCAGCUGUCAGACUUUGUCUGAAUAUUCCCGACAAUGCUCGAGAUUGUUGGAACCAGUCACUAACUGGAGAAAUAUCUCUUUCUGCCCACCUAUACCGUGUCCGGGAAAUCAGGUAUACCAGGAAUGUGGUUCUCCAUGCUUAUCUACUUGUUCAAAUCCACAGACCACCUGCGAUAGCUAUGGCACAUAUGGUUGUUUCUGUCCAGAAGGAACUGUUCUUGAUGACAUUGCUACUAAGGACACAUGCAUUCCUUUGAGUCACUGUCCUUGUGUUCUAAAUGGUCAAGUCUAUGCUCCUGGCGGUUCAGUGAAUUCACCUUGCAAAUCCUGCAAAUGCUUUAUGGGCAAAUGGAACUGCACAAAUCUGCCAUGUCCAGGCCGAUGUUCUAUUGAAGGGGGCUCAUUUAUCACCACGUUUGAUUCAAGACGUUACAGAUUCCAUGGAGUCUGCGCGUACCUACUUAUCAAAAGUGUUAAGAUGCUAGAUUCUGGUACCAUCGAAGCAGUGUUUGAUAAAUCUGGUGUUAGAUAUUCAGAAACACAGCUAACAAGCGUCAUCUAUGCUACCAAUCAGACAAAAGUAAUAAUUUCGAAGCAAGACAUGAUAGAAGUCAACAAUAAAAUUAUGAAGUUACCCUAUCAAGAUGGAAACAUUAAAAUUUAUAGGCAAUCUUCCAGCUACAUCCAGGUAAAAUCCAGUUUUGGCCUGGAGAUGCAAGUUCAAACUCAUCCAUUUAUGCAACUGUAUAUUAUUAUUGAUGAGAACUUCUCCAUGACCACUCAUGGGCUUUGUGGCAAUUUCGAUGGAAAUUCUCAAAAUGAUUUCAAGAGUAGUAUGGGAAUUCAGGAGGGAACGGCUAGCAGUUUUGUAGAUUCCUGGAGAGUUAUUGAACAUUGUCAGUCUGCUCAAGAUAAGGACUGCGACCCAUGCUCACUAAGCCAAUCAAAUAGUAUGUUUGCUGAGUCACAUUGUUCCAUACUGAUGAAUAAAUCCAGCAUUUUUGGACAGUGUCAUUGUAGGGUGGAUCCCACAGAUUAUUAUGAGAGGUGUAAAUUUGAAACUUGCAACUAUGAGAAAAGCCAAGAUUUUAUGUGCAAUUCUCUUGGAGUGUAUGCUCGUGCUUGUGCCAUAAAAGGCCUAAUAUUGACAAACUGGAGAAAUGCUGUGGAUGAAUGCAAAAUUUCUUGCCGUGGCCUUCAAGUUUACAGUUAUGAUUCCAAAGCGUGCAACCGCACCUGCUUUUCAUUGUCGAAUUCAAUGUUUGAAUGCACUGAGAGUGGAGUUCCUGUAGAAGGAUGCAAUUGCCCACAGGAUACUUUCCUGGAUAAUACCAGUACUUGUGUGAAGGCAUCCAGCUGUCCAUGUUUUUUGCAAGAUGGUACAAUUAUACCUGCUGACAAAAGUGUUAACAUUUUUGAGCAACUAUGCCUUUGUAGAAAUGGAAAAGUUGAUUGCUCUGACAAAUAUUUUACCCCUGAAGAAAUGUGUCAGCAUCCUAAGAUUUACUUCAAUUGUGCAAAUGCAAAAAAUGGUGAAUAUGGAGCAGCUUACCAACCAACAUGCCAGAUGCAUGCUACAGAAACGCUUUGUUUAGCAACCAAAUGUAUUUCCGGCUGUAUAUGUCCAUACGGAAUGGUAUUGAAUGAGAGAGAGCAAUGUGUCUAUCUUCAAGACUGCUCUUGUGAAUUCAGUGGUGUGUACUAUCAUCCCCGUGAGACAAUAGUGAAAGAAUGCCAGAAAUGUAUCUGCAUUGGAGGUAAAUGGGAAUGCACAGGAGAUGCAAAGUGCCCUUCAACCUGCAUAAUUAAUGGAGAAGGACAUGUUACCACAUUCGAUGGGAAUCAAUAUGUGUUUGACGGCAGUUGUGAAUAUACUUUAGUUCAGGAUGCUUGUUCUGUUGAUUCCAGACAGCCAUCAUUCAAAAUAGUCUCAGAAAAUAUUAUUUGCGGUAAAACAGGAGUGGUCUGCACUAAGUCCAUUAAGAUCUACUUUCAGGAUACUCUAAUUAAGCUGACUAAUGGGCACUAUCAAAUAACACCUCCAAAUGCAGCAAGAGGACUCAAAGUCAUUAAUAAUCCACUGUAUUUAAAAUUUGAUUUAAAAAUCAGUUCAAAACUUGAGCUAACUAUUAUAUGGAACAAGAACAUGAAUGCUUACAUCUCAAUUACUAGACUGUCAGAGUUCGCAGUGUGUGGACUAUGUGGUAAUUACAAUGGUAAUGCAGACGAUGAAUAUGUAACACAGAAUAAAUACUUAGUUUCCAAUGUACUGACCUUCGCGAAUUCUUGGAAGGAAGAUCCUACAUGCAGAGAUGUAACGGAGGUUGUAUUUCCAUGUCGCAAAAAUCCAUAUCGUUUGGCCAGAGCUGAAAAAAUGUGUGCUAUAAUUAACAGUAAGGUGUUUGAGCCAUGUCACAAGCUGGUCUACAGAAUGCCUUAUUAUGAUAACUGUGUCCGAGAUGCAUGUGGUUGUGAACUAGCUGGAGAUUGUGAGUGCCUCUGUGAUGCUGUUGCAGUCUAUGCUAAAGCAUGUAUAGAUGCUGGAGUCUGUAUUGACUGGAGAACGCCCGACUUUUGCCGUAAGUAA